CGGAUCAGCUGAGCGCUUCCUCCCGCAGUGCCACUCUCACUAACUUGUGUGCUCAAGUAAUUUCUUCGCGUUUGGGAGUUUUUCAUUUGUAUUUCAUUGCCUCCGUGAAGAGUUCUUGGCGAUUGUGCAUUUAUGUUCUUAUUGGGAAGUGACUACUGAUUUUCAACUGUAAAAAUGAUCAAGAGACUGAUAUAUCUCACCUUUCUUAUAUCACUAUGGAUGGGUGGCAUGGCACUGAAGACAGUGAUAGUUGGAGCAGUCUUGACCAUAUUUGUGACAUACAUCAUCCUUCCAUUAGUCUAUCACAACUGCCCUGCUCUGCAAAGGCAUCUUGUCUUUCUGACUUUUGUCAACUACCCCAAAAAUGUAAACUUUGACGAGCCAGAAAAAGAAGGGUUGCCUGGGACACGUAACUUCUACAUUGAGACAGAGAAAGAUGUCAAAGUUGGAGUAUGGCACAUUCUUCCAGAGUCACUAAUAGCAUCAGUUCCUAAAGAAAAUUUGGAUGAUCGAGAAAGUUGGUUUAUUAAGACCUUAAGUGACCACAGGCCAGUCAUACUCUACCUUCAUGGCAACACUGCUUCUCGAGCAGUUGCACACAGAGUAGAACUCUACAAUGUGCUCAGAAAAAUGGAUUACCAUGUAGUGGCCUUUGAUUACAGAGGAUAUGCAGAUUCCACAUACGUUCAACCAAAUGAAACAAGGGUUGUACAUGAUGCCAAAGUAGUCUAUAGAUAUGUUCGGGAGAGAGUUGGCUCAUCACCAUUUUUUGUCUGGGGUCAUUCGCUCGGAACAGGCAUUUUUGCAAGGAAAAUAUUCCGUAAGAUGCCAAAAUUUGAAUGGUUGUUCCUGAAACCUCUGGCUGCCUCAGGCAUUGAUUUCCGAAGUGAUGAUCACAUUGCCAAUAUAAAUGCUCCCAUACUAAUCAUGCAUGCUGAAGAUGACUUGGUUGUUCCCUAUGCAUUAGGUCGUAAGUUGUAUGAGACAGCAUUAAAAGUUCGUUCAAAUGAUGCACCACCCAUCAAGUUUGUGGGUUUUGAUGCCAAAUAUGGUUAUGCACACAAGUUCAUUUGUCGGGCUCCAGAAAUGCCAGAAAUUUUAAGGGACUUCUUUUCAAAGGCAAUUGAAGGACCAAAUUAAAUAGAUCAGCCAAAGAUCUAUAUGCUAUAAUGGAUUAAAUGCAUUUUGCAAACUGAAUGCACAAUAUAUUGAGGAUAAUACUCAUUGCAAAAAAAGUAAGUAUGUCUAAAUACCAUGGGUAAGUGAUAAAGAAGUGUGUUGGGACCACCUAAUUUUUAUCUUUAUAAAGUAUUGCAUAAGGUGUAGGGCUUACCUUGUAGUAAUUGCUAAAUGGUAUUUCUUGUAUAUUUGGAAAAUUCCAUUUACAUACAAUAUUUUUUGUGUUAAAGUAGACUGCAAUCCUACUUAUCAGAAAUUCUUCAUGUAAAAGUAUUAUUUGUAUGUGAUAAUAUAUGUCCAUUUUAGAACAUGUUUCCUAGGAUGUUAUCAAAGAUAUGGACUGCAAAAUUAUUGAAAGAUACUGAACAUUUGUGUUCAUAAGAAGGUAUAUCAGCAAAGAUGAUUCUUUGUUGUUUUUAUUGUUUGCUGUAGCUUUCUGGUUUGAUACAUGUAACAGUAUUUGAUUUUGUAUUGUAAGUUGUAGUGAAUUUAGAAAAAUUCAACGAGAAUAAAGUUUAUAAGGUUGAAGCUUGUGAAUAUCAUGUUGCAUUGCUGUCAUUUCUUGCAACUUCUUGACCCAAGAUAUUCUGUUCAACAAUGCUCCUGAAAGUUUGAUUUACAAUUUUGAGUUACGAUAAAGUAUGUGGAAAGGAAUUCAAACUUGAAUAUGAUUGCGUAAAUGAUCAGAUUUUGUUAAUAAAAAUAUUUUGGGUAGUUAAUGGUAACUAGAAACACUAGAAAUAAUGUUCAUUAGAAAUUUGUCAUUUUAUAGGAAGGGCCAGUGAGCUUUAAAAAAGAAGAAAAGUAUGUAGUGGAUAGUUUUUAUUUUCCUUUACAGUAUGCUCCUCCCACAGGAGAGGUGUUCUGAGAAUAUUUUUUAAUCUGAAUUUAUUUAUUCUUGAAAAAAGUAGUUUCAAGGGCUUAUGAAAUUUAAAAGAUUCUAUUGAGUCAACGCAUUUUCUUCUUCCACAUGGUGUGUGGACUUUAAGUGUGAUAAUAUUCUGAAGAGCGGUGGACGUUCUUCUUGACUGUAUUAACUGGAACAAACAAAUAUCUUGUGUAGAUUCUUGUUUUAUGCCACAUAGACGAAAAUUCUUAUGCUUUUUCAGUUUUUAGGACCCUCUGGUGUAUUGUUUCAUCUUUCUUUAUUAUGGUAUCACUUUAUAAAAAAUAACAUGAUAUAUGAUGGAUAUUUUUACAAGAUCCAGUACUCUUUCAAGUAUAAAAGUAUAUCCCAAGUUUAAUACAUACCCAUCAAACAGAAAUCAAAUAUGUGAAAGCAGAAACAGUAGAUCUUUAUAAUACCAUUAUAAUUCAUAUGAUCUCACAUUCUGUGCCUCAGUAUAUUUUAAAAUUAAGCAAGUUCUUCCAACUAUAUUGCAUGAUAAAUCAAAGUAGGUGAGAUUAUGAGUUCAUUUUUCUUAUUCAUAAUUCUUUUAUAUGAAAUGCUUUGUUUAUUGAGCUACAAGACUGUCCAUGUCAACUAUGGCAAUGCAAAUAUUAGGCUUUAAAAGCAUGAAUUAUAUAAUUAUAUAUUAUGAUAUCAGUAUAUAUGUAAAACAUCAGUUAUCUAUCAGUUAUAUAAUAUCAUUAGAAAUCACAUAGACAUAGACAUCAAAUAGACAUUUAUAUCACAUGUACAUUAUCAUAUACUCACAACGUACUUACAUAUACACUCACACACAUACAUUCAUAUAAACUUACACAAGUCCCUCUCACACACAUACAUUCAUAUAAACUCACACACAGUCCCUCUCACACACCCUUGCUUUCACUAAAAUAUAUCUACUCAGACAUACUCUCUUACAUGCACUCUAACACUCGUAGACUCUCAUACACACACACACACUUUCGUACACACACUCUCACACUCUCUGUCUCUCACUCACACAUACUCACAGACUCAGGCACAGACUUAUAAACACUCAUACUGUCAUAUACCUUGCACAAUUGCACACUCACACAUAUAGACACACACAGACAUACCCACACCCACAUAGACACACACACUCACACAGACAAACACACACACACACACACACACACACACACAAACAAACACACACACACACACACACACACACACACACACACACACACACACACACACACACACACACACACACAC